GUACAAAUACGAAAGAGGCCGAGCUGGACCGGAGCUGUCCGGAACAUCCGGCUGUAGCCUCUCAACAUAAACAGCUAUGGCGGAGGCAGCAGCAGCGUCUACGGCGGCUUCAGGAGUAAUAGGAGGUUGGACCAAACACGUAACCUGCAGAUAUUUCAUGCAUGGACUUUGUAAAGAAGGAGACAACUGUCGAUAUUCCCACGAUCUGACCAACAGCAAACCUGCGGCCAUGAUUUGCAAGUUCUUUCAGAAGGGAAACUGUGUGUUUGGGGACCGUUGCAGGUUUGAACACUGUAAACCAGCAAAAAACGAGGAGCUGCCAGCCCCCCAGAUGCUGCCGCUGCCCUCCGCCUCGCUGGCCGGCCCAUCUGACCCAGAACCCAGUGGGCCAACACCUGUCCCUGGGGCGCAAGACUGGGUCAACGCUGCUGAGUUUGUUCCAGGACAGCCAUACUGUGGACGCGCCGAGCAAGCGAAGGUGGAGAGCUCCGUCCCACUCAUCGAGGAGUUCGACAGUGACCCGGCGCCAGACACCAAACAGCUGAGGAAGCAGCUCUGUCCGUAUGCCGCCGUCGGUGAGUGCCGCUACGGAAUCAACUGUGCCUAUCUCCACGGCGACGUGUGUGAUAUGUGCGGCCUUCAGGUGCUCCACCCCACUGACAACAACCAGCGCUCUGAGCACACUAAGGCGUGCAUCGAGGCCCACGAGAAAGACAUGGAGAUUUCAUUCGCCAUCCAACGCAGCAAGGACAUGAUGUGCGGCGUGUGUAUGGAGGUGGUGUUUGAGAAGGCCAACCCAAGUGAGCGUCGCUUCGGCAUCCUCUCCAACUGCAGUCACUGCUACUGUCUAAAGUGCAUUCGCAAGUGGAGGAGCGCCAAGCAGUUUGAGAGCAAAAUCAUCAAGUCUUGCCCCGAGUGUCGAAUCACGUCCAACUUCGUCAUCCCGAGCGAGUACUGGGUGGAAGACAAGGAUGACAAGCAGAAACUCAUCCAGAAAUACAAGGACGGCAUGGGGAGUAAACCGUGUCGAUACUUUGACGAGGGUCGUGGAACGUGCCCUUUUGGCUCGAAUUGCUUCUACAAGCACGCCUUCCCCGACGGACGGCUGGAGGAAGCUCAGCCCCAGAGAAGACAGACCGGAUCCAACAGCAGAAACCGGAACCCGAGGCGAACGCCGCUGUGGGACAUCUACGACGAGAGGGAAAGCACCGACUCCUUCGACAACGAGGAUGAGGAGAUGGUGACGUUUGAGCUGAGCGAGAUGCUCCUCAUGCUGCUCGCCGCAGGAACCGACGACGAGGUGACAGACUCAGAGGAUGAGUGGGACUUGUUUCACGAGGAGCUGGAUGAUUUCUAUGAAAUUUACCUAUAGCAGCCCCCCCCCCCCCCCCCCCCUCCUCCCCGAGCCCCCAUCCCCUCCCCGAGCCCCCAUGUAUACUAGACACUAGAAUGGACUGUCUUGUGUGAGUGAUGGACAGUAGCUUUUUCCCACCCCCUGUAUUGUGGCAGUGCCUUUAAGCAGGCCAUUAAUAAAUGAACUUAAAAGAUAAAAGAAAAAAAAAAUCCGACAAGUCAGUGCGCUCGUGCUCAACAUUUUCUAGACAUCUAUCCUCGUGAGUCUUAUCUUGUGCGGUUCAUGUUGAAAAUAAUAAAAUGACAAAAUGAACUCAAUAUAAGAUUUAACAAAAAUUAUAACUUUCUUCAAAUAUUGCUAAUAAAAAUUGUUAAGUUCAUUUGUGGGUGUGGGUUUGACUUGUUUAUCAUCUACCCAGGUGUUUGUACAUAAUACUGAGACUCUGAGGAUGCACUCGAACUUACUCGGCACCAUUUACUGUAACAGUGAUGGGCAUGUUUUAAGAUUUUACAUAAGGUUUCUGAAGGCUGGAACUUUUUUUUUUUUUUCUUUAUUAAAGUUGCUGAUAGCCAAUAUAUUGUGCUGAUGUUUAAUAAAUUUACCAUAAUCACUUCCAUGUUGUACUGAAAAGUAUUUACCUUUUCAUAUGGGACAUUAAAAUCAUAACAGAACACGUACAUCAAACCCCUAAAAAUGAAAUUCAUGCAGGGUUUUGUGGCUUUGUAAAGCAGGGUGAACACUAGCCCUGAUCCUGGAUCAACCGUCUUUUUGUUAUUGGGACAUUUCAGUCACUGAGCAGCUCAUAAAAUUAGAUACUGGACGAAUGUUGAAAAUAUGAAGGCACCACAUGGCUGGCAGUCUUCUUACAGUCUUAUAAGGGCUGCAAAAGCAAAAUGACACGGGGUUUAUUUUACACUCACUGGCUGGAGUAUAUGGAAAAACUAUGGGUCAAUAAGAUUUUGAGAUUGUUGAAAUGAAAUUUACCAAUGAUUGAUGAUGAGUUGUAGGAUGUUUAUAAUAUCUGCACAAAUUCAGCUUAAAAAAAAAGACAUUUAUUCCGGUGUUUACAGGCUGAUCUGCAACCAGUUUCUCAAGCACACUUAUUUUGAGUCCACAGAGCUCGAUGCUGCCACUGACGACGGGUCUAUAUUACAGUAAAUACUACUACUGAACAAAAUGGUAGUCGCCUUUGUACACUGUUUCUGUCAGGGUGGCAGUAACAGAUUUUAAGCUGCUCAGUGACUGAAGUGUCUUGGGUUAUGGAGAUGAUGAUCCUGGACCAUGAUGCAUUGUGUGACAGGUCUUGGACCAUGGCUAAGUGAUAAAUCUUCAAAGUGGCUAUGAGCUGCGUGAAUGAUUUUACUGCGCAACUGAGGUCAAAUGUUGUGUUAGGUUUUUCCAGAUGUAUUUGUCUACCUACCUUUCCAAUCGGCCCCAUACAUCAGUCAGACAGACAAAAAAAAAAAAAAAACACUGAAACAUCUUCCCUUCAGCCAUUCUGAAUCUCAGCAUCCAGGAAGAACCAAGUCCUUCCUCAGAACCCGGCUACAGAGUCGACACCUGUGAUUAAACAUUCAUCAGCAGACUCACAGCGCAGAGAAUCCAGGAGCUGAGAGACUUUCCAUUUCCCACAGCACCAGUGUGUAGAUUCACUGUUCUGUUUAAGCUUAAUGUGUUUUAAGCUUUGCUGCUAAGAUGCUCAUCUACUGACUCCUAAUAGCUGGUCUCAACCUGUUGAACUCCAUUGGAAUGCAUAUGUUAAUACUGAAAUGUGUGUUUUCUAUGUUCCACAGCCAUCCAUCUUAACAUGAAAUUAAAGUUUAUUAUCAAUCUGUG